AUGACCGAUUUGCCAAUACCGCAUUGUGCAUCAGAAGUUUAUCAGUAUGUAAGCAAUCUUAUUGGAAAUUCUUUACAAGAAAUUGAACAAUUAAUACUGCAAAUGGGAACUCGACAGGAUGAUACAGUAAUAAAUGUUGGCAAAAAAAUUGUAAAGUUAAAAGAAUCAACUGUAACAUCAGAUGGAUCUUCUUCCGUUGCUAAGCAAACUUCAAAAAAUUUCGAAAAAUUUUUCUCAUCUGAAAAUGAACCAGGGAAGCUGAAUUGUCUAGGUGAAUACAGAUCACGAGAUGAAUCUGAGCAAAUUAAAAAUCUGCUCUGCUUUCCAGUGGACAAUGAAGCACGAAGUCUACGAUAUACAGAUCGUAUUUUUGAAUCACUAGACAAGAAAGCAGUUAUACUUAUGCGAGAGUAUGAUUCUCCUCCUAUUGAUAACUUAUCUCAAAAACAAUCGUUUGGAUUCAAUCAUUAUUAUCAGCAAUUAAAAUCAAGCAAAAAACAACCUAAAAUAAAGAUUAUAACUGAUCGAAAAUCACAUCAUCAAAAACAACAACAACCAGAAAUGGAAAGUACACGUUCUCAAGAUAAAAGAUAUCGGUCAGAAGAUCAAGAAAAAUUAUACAUUUCUGAUAAGGUAUUUCAAGAAGAAUCAACUCCACGUAAUGAGAAAAUUGAUCAAAUUCAAAAGUCACGUAAUUUAUGUGAAGAAGAGCGUAGAAAUUUGCAACACGCACAUAUUUAUGAACGUGGAGGCUCAAGUCAACAGCAAAAACAUAAUAAACAUAAUAAAUCUAAGCAUGCAAAAAAAAAAGAAAAAUUAAAAAGAAAACACGAACAAAAAGUUAAAACACAAAAAAAACAAAUGCCAGCUAUUGAAGAUUCAGAUUCUGAUAACUCUAGCAGAAGCCUUUCUAAGCAGAAACGUAUUAUUAAAACAAAUGCUAAAAGAAGUGGAAAAAAAGCGCAAAAAAGGAGAACAAAUAGACACACGGAGCCGACUGAUAUGUUAGAACAUCAACUUACGGCCGAGCAACGUGACAAAAUUCGACAAAUGUCAGCAACACGUCGAAAACAUUAUUCGCCAUAUGGAAGCAGUAAUGAAAAUGUUGAACACAGGAUUGGAUCAACUGAGGAUUUAUCCAGAGAAUUUCACUCGGCAGAAAAAACUACACGUAAAGAAAAUAUUAGAAGACUGUGGUGUGUACAACCACAACACCUAUACCAUUCUGGAUAUUUACCAAAACAUGGAAUUUCACCUAUGAUUGAUGCAACUGGCACCCAAAAAAUUGUAAUGAAAGGAUGGAAUCCGAGCUUUAAAGUGAAAACUAUUCGGUUGCAAAGUUCGCCUCCAAAAUAA